AUGGACAUACAGGUUGGCGGUGAAUCAAUUUUACACCAAUGCUGUCGUUUGGGUAAAAUGGAGAUGUGUGACUAUUUGGUCAAUUAUUAUCCAGAGUUAUUGGAGAUGAGGGACAAUAAGGGAUGGACAGUGUUACAUUCAGUUUGCCGGGGAGGAAGUAUAGAAAUUUUGAUUUUUCUGUUAGAGAAUGGAUUGGACUUUAAUGCCGUGUCAAAUGAUGGCAAAAGCAUUCUUCAUAUAGCUUGUCUCAGUGGGAAGUUUGAAAUUUGUGAGUUUUUAGUUGAGAUCUUUCCCCAUUUAUUAGAUAUAGGGGACAGUUGUGGUAACUCAGUGUUGCAUGCUGCAGCUAUGGGAGAUUCAUUGGUGAUUAGCGACAAUUAUAGAUGGACAGAAUAG